UUUUUGCACAACGACCAUCAUCGUCAGAGUUUCUUCCUUCGUCGGUGCAUUGAAGUUUCUCGGUCGGAUUUUUGCUUGCGCUUUAUUUGUUGGUAUAAUUUGAAUGUUUUUAUUGCGAUUCUGUUCGAAAUAAGCAGAAUAUUCUGUAAUAGUGUCAGCGGUUGUUCUAACCACGGCAGCUAUAGUUUUAGCGAUUUGGGUCAGACAACAUCUCGGUUUGGAGCAUCAUUCAGAAGGUUUUGCAGCCCCCGACAACGGGCCAAAGUUUACUUUCAUAAGCUAGAACGAGGAGCAGUGUAUUCCGGGUUGGUCUGGGCAGCAGUAGCUCAAGAUGUCCAAAGGUGGCAAAAUUGUACUUCGGGUUCAAUCACCGGAUGGAACCAAGAGAGUGGAGAUUUCCGACACCAGUAAUUUAAGGGAAUUGUAUGAGCUUGUUCAUGGCACUUUUGCCUUCAAUGAUUAUGGAUUCGCACUUUUCAAAGAAAGGAACUGUACGAAAGAGAUUGUCUCCAGUCGCUCUCAGACAGUGAAAGAAAGUGGUCUGAAGCAUGGUGAUAUGAUUUAUCUGAAGCAUAUUGCUGGACCAUCAACUUCGAAGGAGCCUGAAAGAAGUUCGUCCGUAGCGUCGAUGGCCUCCACCAGUAGUUCCUCAUUCAGCGGGGCAGCUGGGUUCAGUCGGGAGCCAACUCCCAGCACCAGCUACGGUGCCAAUGCCUCAGCUGUUCUUAACGGAGAGGACUCAGUCGAUAUUGAGCUCUAUAAGCAAGACGGAAGAAUACAAAGAAAGCGAGAUGAAAAAUUAUGCCGUCAUAACUCGAAUGGUUGUUGCGUCCAUUGCUCUCCACUCGAACCGUGGGACGAAACCUACCUCAAGGAGCAGAAGAUUAAGCAUUUCUCGUUUCAUUCACACCUGAAGAAACUCACAUCGGGUGUGGAUCGCGGCAAGUUCGUCGCCCUAGAAGAUCUCAAUUGUAAGAUCAAAACCGGCUGCCGGGAUCACCCGCCGUGGCCCAAGGGCAUUUGUUCCAAGUGUCAACCGUCGGCCAUUACGCUCAACCGACAGGCCUAUCGUCACGUUGAUAAUGUUAUGUUCGAAAACACCGGAAUAGUUGAGCGAUUCCUCAACUAUUGGCGCACCACCGGUCACCAGCGCAUCGGUAUGCUGUUCGGCACCUAUGAGGUUCAUCCGGAUGUCCCGCUGGGUAUCCGUGCUCGUGUCGCAGCUAUCUAUGAACCGCCACAGGAAAGCAAUCGCGAUUCAAUUCUGUUGCUGGAAGAUGAACAUGAAGCCGAGGUGAACGAAAUGGCUCGCCACUUGGGGUUGCGUCGCGUGGGUUGGAUCUUUACAGAUCUUCUGGCCGAGAAUGCCGCCGCUGGUACAGUGAAGCAUGUUCGCGGUAUCAAAACACAUUUCCUAACAGCACAGGAAUGCAUUCUGGCUGGCCACCUGCAGAACAAUCAUCCGAACCGCUGUAAGUACGCCAAUGGUGGGUACUUUGGGUCAAAAUUUGUCACAGUCUGCGUCACAGGUGAUGAUAAGAAACAAGUGCACAUGGAAGGGUAUGCUGUCACGGCGCAGUGUAUGGCACUUGUUAGAGAUAAUUGUUUGAUUCCAACCAAGGAUGCUCCAGAGUUGGGGUACAUUCGUGAAUCAACCGACAAGCAGUACGUUCCGGACGUGUACUAUAAG